CAAAUUGAAAGUAAAAGAAAGGGGCAUGACGGUCAUUGUAUAUUGAACCAGCUCGAGCGACGGACCCCAUAAGUGCCAGGGCACGGUUGGCGGAGCUGUAAUAGAAAAGGGGAAGGCGUAUUUCCAUUGCAGUCUGACAUUGCCCGACGGCGAGAGAGUGCAGUUAGGGUUUGGGGAUUGGAUAUUGAAGAUCAGUCCUUGCAUAAGCAUGGUAAGAGAAAGAGAGGCUCCGAAGCAGCCGAUUUCUCUCACGGUUGAGCAACUUGUUGCUGUUAACCCCUAUAAUCCCGACAUUCUUCCCGAUCUCGAGAGCUUCGUCAACGAGCAGGUUUCAUCACAAACAUACAGUCUCGAUGCAAAUCUUUGCCUGCUUCGACUCUAUCAGUUUGAGCCGGAGAGAAUGAGUACUCAAAUCGUUGCCCGCAUUUUGGUCAAGGCCCUUAUGGCCAUGCCGGCCCCAGAUUUCAGCCUGUGUCUUUUUCUUAUCCCAGAACGAGUGCAAAUGGAGGAACAAUUCAAGACACUGAUUGUCCUUUCCCAUUAUCUAGAGACAGCGAGAUUUCGUCAAUUCUGGGAUGAAGCAGCUAAGAGUCGUCACAUACUUGAAGUUGUUCCUGGUUUUGAGCAAGCAAUCCAAGACUAUGCAAUUCAUGUCCUUUCCCUGACUUAUCAGAAGGUUCCCAGGCCCUUGCUUGCGGAGGCUAUCAAUAUUGAAGGCCUCUCACUAGACAAAUUCCUUGAGCACCAGGUUGCCAAUUGUGGUUGGAUUCUUGAGAAAAGUCAUGGUAGGGGGCAACUCAUUGCCCUGCCUCACAGUGAAUUUAACCAACCAGAGCUAAAGAAAAAAGUUGCAGAUGGCAUCCUGAUAGAGCACAUUACCCGAAUCUUCCCUAUUCUUGGCUAACCUCUGUGCCAUGAGUCUGAGAGUAUUCUACCUUGGGAUCCAUGGAUGAGAAAAUUAGUGCUUCAGUAAUCUUGUUUUCUGUGGUUGUUUCAAUUUACAUUGGUCUUGUGUUUUUGUAUUUUUUUUUUUUUUUUUUUGGGAUUAUGUUGGAAAAAAUAUAUUUGAAGUGCCUUACAUGAGAUGAUAAAACAUUCGAGCUAUUACUGAA